CUCCUCCUUACCCUCUACUUCUCAGUCUCCGCUCAUUCCUCUUUCUUCCUUCCUCAUCCUCUCAUUCGCUUCUUCUCAUCUCAUCAUACCAUGUCUCGCGAGCUCAGAGUCACUAUCGUUGGCGGAGGAAUUGGUGGGCUGGCGUUGGCCAAUAUGUUGGAAAAGGCGGGAAUUGAAUACCUGGUCCUCGAAAAAUCUUCGACCAUCACGGCCCUGGGUGCUUCUCUCGGAUUGGAUGCCUCGACGCUCCGAGUCGUUGAACAGCUGGGCCUGUUAGAUGACUUUCUGCAAGCGUCCAAGCCCGUGAGGUGGUUCAACUUUUACAACGAGGCCAUACAGUCUACCGGCCGGGUCGAUUUUUCGUGCAUGGAGGAGAUUGGUGGCUAUCCAGCUAUCAUUCUCGACCGCCCUGCAUUCUACCGAUGCCUACUCAAAAAUCUGCCCAAGGAAAAGAUCCUCUAUGGCAAGAAGAUGGCUUCUAUCGAACAGGACCUGACCAGCGCCACAGUGCGAUGUGUCGAUGGCAGCUCCUACAAGAGCGAAAUCGUCGUCGGUGCAGAUGGCGCGUACUCGACUGUUCGCAAGCACAUGUACGAAGAAUUGGCUAAGAAAGGCAAGCUUUCUGUGAAUGAUGCCAAGCCCUUGACGUUUGACCAGCAUUGCCUUGUUGGCGUCAGCGAGCCAUUGGACCCCCAGGAGCAUGAGAUAAUUCGAAGAGAAACAACCGACUUUGAGAUUGUCAUUCCCAAGACCGACCCAUUCUAUGCUAUCUAUAUGCCAUUGCCCGGCAAUCGCGUCUCCUGGGCUGUGAUUCAUAAUGUUCCCAAGGCGGAGGCCAAGGUUGGAGAGGGCAGAUUGUCAGAGUGGGGUUCUGAGGCCAGUGAGACAAUGAUCAACUUUGUCCGACACCAGCCCAGUCCCUUCAAGGGCACUCUAGGCGAUAUCAUCGACAAGACCCCUAAGGAACUUAUCUCGAAGAUUGCGCUUGAGGAAAAGUAUUUUGAGUCUUGGUACGAUGGACGUGUUGUUCUCCUUGGUGAUGCUUGCCACAAGGUCGUGCCCAGUGCAGGAUUGGGAGCAAAUUUGGCCAUCUUGGACGCCGUUCAUCUCAGCAACCUCCUCGCUGAUCUUCCUUCUCCGUCGCAGGAGAAUAUCACUCUAAUUUUCGAGAACUAUUUCGACAAGAGAUCAAAAAUCGCACAGGAUGCGUUGAAUAAUGCUCGUGGAUUUGGGAAAGUCAUGUCAGACAGGGGCUUCAUUCCAGAGUUGGUGCGCAAACUGUUUUUGAACUAUGUGCCAGACUGGAUGACGCGUUGGUCCAAUACGCAGCGUCUGCAGUAUCGCCCACAGCUGCAUUUCUUGCCCGAGGUACCAGAUCGUGGCACGCCCAAGGCCCAGCCCCAGGAGCCGCGAAUGUUUGUGCCUGUCACAGUAGCAUAGCACGUUUUAUAGAUCCCUUUCUAUAUCUGUUUGUGCAUACCCUCAAUAAAUAUUAAUCCACUCG